AUGAUCCAUUGUUCUUUGAAUCCUUUUAUUUCUUUGUUUGAUUGUAAGACAGGUUCGUAUAAGAGUAUUUAUAAUUUAAGUUAAGGAGAAGAUGAAGAGGAUGAUGAUAAUUAUUAUUAUAGUUCUUUAAGAUUUUUUAGUUGUAAAUUUUCUGGUGAUGAGUCCAAAAUUAUUGCAAGUUCAGGCGUUAAAAGGAAUAAAAAAUCUUAUAUAAAAGUUAAUAAUUUUAUAUAUAAUAAUUUUUAUAUUAGUAUAUUUACCGCACAUACUAAUGAUAUAAAUACUAUAUGUUUUAUAGAUAAAAGCAAAUCAAAUGUUUUUGUUUCUGGAAGUGAUGAUUGUUUAUUAAAAAUAUGGGAUACAAGAGCAUUAGGUUCUUCAGGAAAACAAUCAGGAGUAUUAAUUGGACAUGUAGGUGGUAUAACAAGUGUAGAUUCGAGAUAAGAUAACUAUUAUAUAGCUUCGAAUUCAAAAGAUUAAAGUUUAAAACUAUGGGAUUUGAGAAAAAGUGAAUAAGACUAUGAAAGUAAACCAAGAAAAAAUUACAACUAUGAUUACAGAUAUGGCCCAUUAAAUUAGUAAGAAGUUUUAGAAAUAUCUAAAUUGACUUAAUAAUAAAAUUACGAUAAUUCCAUUCAUACAUUUAGGGGUCAUAGUGUAUCUAGAACAUUAAUGAGAUGUCAUUUUUCUCCUUAAAAUAUGACAGAAGGUAGAUAUUUGUACACUGCAAGUUCUUGUGGAAAAUUAUAUAUGUAUGAUAUUUUAAAUUAUAAAGAUUUUGCAUGUGUAUUAAAUGAUAAUAAAUAGACUAUUAUAAGAGAUGCUGUUUGGCAUCCUAAUAAAAUGGAAAUUAUUACAAAUAGUGAAGAAGAAAAUUUAUAUUGA